AUAGCAAUACACAGCUUUGCGUAACCAAUACAGGAAGGCAUUUAAAGGCGCCUCUGCCGCCACAGACCUUGCAGUUAAUUCCGCCUUGACCCACGCUUCUUAAUGCAGUCCCUGAUGCAGGCUCCCUUCCUGAUCGCCCUGGGCUUGCUUUUCGCGGCGCCUGCGCAAGCCCACCUGAAAAAGCUCGGUAGCUUCUCCUGGGAUAACUGUGAUGAAGGAAAGGACCCUGCGGUGAUCAGAAGCCUGACUCUGGAGCCUGACCCCAUCAUCAUUCCUGGGAAUGUGACCCUCAGUGUUGUGGGCAGCACCAGUGUUCCUCUGACUUCUCCUCUGAAGUUGGAAUUAGUUCUGGAGAAGGAAGUGGCUAGCCUCUGGAUCAAGAUCCCAUGCACAGACUACAUUGGCAGCUGUACCUUUGAAGACUUCUGUGAUGUGCUUGACAUGUUAAUUCCUACUGGGGAGCCCUGCCCAGAGCCCCUGCGUACCUAUGGGCUUCCUUGCCACUGUCCCUUCAAAGAAGGAACCUACUCACUGCCCAAGAGCGAAUUCGUUUUGCCUCACCUGGAGCUGCCCAGUUGGCUCACCACCGGGAACUACCGCAUAGAGAGCAUCCUGAGCAACAGUGGGAAGCGUCUGGGCUGCAUCAAGAUCGCUGCCUCUCUAAAGGGUGUAUAACGUGGCAUCUGCCGCAGCGGAAUGGAGCGGUGUGAGGAAGGUCCCUUUUCCUCUGUUUUGUGUUUGCCAAGGCCAAACUCCCCCUCUCUGCCCCGCUUUAAUCCUCUUUCUACAAUGAGUCUGCUACCCUCACUGAAAAUCAUUUUGUGCCACUUACAUUUUAGGCUGGGGCAAGCAGCCCUGACCUAAGGGAGGAUGAGUUGGGCAGUUCUUGAUAGCCCAGGGCAUCUGCUGGGCUGACCACGUUACUUAUCCCGGUUAACAUUCGCUCUUUCUCUCUAAAGAGCCUCGUUCAUUUCCAAAGCAGUUAAGGAAUGGGAACCAGAGUGUUUUAGGACCUGAAGAAUCUUUAUGACUUUCUCUCUCUCAUUCUUUUUUUUUUUUGUGACUAAGUUAAAAGCAAAGUGAGAGUAUUAACGUUUUUGUUCUACUCCAACCCCCUGUUACAAUGAAGGGGCGAAAGUAUUUGCUCUUAGUCUAUUCCUCCCUUAACUUCUGUGACUAAUUUUAAUUUCCUUUCUAGAUUUGCCCAAUUAAUACUAGGGUGCAGUGUAUCCUGGAGAGGUAGGGUGUCGGGGGGAGGAAUCCCUUGGGGGAGAUAUUAGGGGUGCUCCGUUGUUUACAAACUCAGGUACCCGCAGGGCUUAGCAAGAGACUUAAAUGAGUGAUAAGAACCUUGAGAAACAAGUUGCUUCCAGGCUUGAUUUCGACUUUUCCCUUUUUUUUUGGAGACAGAAUCUCACUUUGUCACCAGGCUGGAGUGCAGUGGCGCAAUCUCGGCUCACUGCAACCUCUGCCUCCUGGGUUCAAGCGAUUCUCCUGCCUUAGCCUCCCAAGUAGCUUGGACUACAGGCGCCCACCAUCACGCCUGGCUAAUUUUUGUAUUUUUAGUACAGAUGGGGUUUCACCGUGUUGGUCAGGAUGGUCUCGAUCUCUUGACCUCAUGAUCUGCCCACUUGGCCUUGGAAAGUGCUGAAUUACAGUUGUGAGCCACUACGCCCAGCUGAUUUUUCCUUUUUGAUUAAAGAUACUAUUACAAUGUAAAUAUUUCUUAUACAGAAAGUCACAGCACAUGUGCCCAUUGAUACAAGGCCGCUGAGGCCUGGUCUCCACUUGGAAAUAUAAUUAAGGGUGACAAGGACUGGAGUAAGUUGGAGAGUGCAUAGCCAGUCUGUGAAGACAACUGCUACCUAGCUGUGACCAGUCAGUGCCACACAAGAAUGGUGUGGGCCCAGUAUUGCCAGAUACUGGCAAUACUUCAGCCUGGUGACAGAGUGAGACUCUUGUCUCAAAAAAAAAGUUUCAAUGUUUACUCCUAAAGAAGCCAAAAAUUCAGAUUUUUAUGAAGUCUUACCAUUUUAAAAUAUUGGCAGCUAAUGAUUUUUUUAAAAAGCUGUGCAGUGUGAUGUAUCCCAAAUGGACUGGCUCAUGGGUGGCCACUUCGCAACCUCUGAUCUCAGACCAUGCAUGCCUUGUCCUCUUAAGACAACUCCUGUGGCACCAUUUCUCCCUCCACAGGGCCAAAGCCAUAGAGUCCGGUCCCAAGGAGAAGGCUCUUCCAGUGCUAGAAGUAUGGGCAGCCUCUCACCCGUGAGCUGUGGCUGCCUGCCUCAGUCUUGGAGUCCUGUCGGGUGAAUGAGGCAGAUGGGAAAGAGUUAGCUUCACCAGCAGCUGCUUUUGGAGCAGGGGUCCAAGGAAGAGAGGGUGGCCUCGACAUCAAACUGCCUGGAUUUUUCUACCACCCUGUUACACCAUAACAACUUCUGAACCACACACCAGCCCUGAGUUCUGGGCUCAUCUGAAGCCUGGAAUAGCAAUAAAUCUUUUUAACUUGCUAA